AUGGAGGACGAGAAACUCAUUUCUAAAUUAUGGAAAGUGUCGCGUACAUCUCAUGAGUUGGUUCAGGAUCGAGGAUUUGCUGUUUCCCAGGAAGAGAUUGAAGUUCCUUACGCCGACUUCAAAGGUCAAUACGCAGGUAAUGGCAUGAUAGACCGCAAUUCACUGCACUUCUUCGCCAGUCUGGAAGAUAACCCCGAUGAUCAGAUAUUCGUUUACUUCGCAGAUGAGCCUAGCAUUGGUAUAAAGACUAUGAGAAAAUUCUUGACUGUUUUGGAGGAGAGAAAGAUCGGCAGAGGUAUUUUGAUUUACCCAGAGAAACUCACACCAGCAGCAAACAAGGUCAUUGCUGAAAUGGCUGCUGACUACAAGUUACAAGCAUUCACAGAGUCCGAAUUGCAAGUAAACAUCACCCACCACCAGCUCGUCCCCCAGCACGAAGUUCUCACUGCAGAGGAGAAGAAGCUGCUGUUACAAAAAUAUAGACUCAAACCAACCCAGCUGCCUCGUAUACUAACUAGCGAUCCCGUGGCCAGAUACUUUGGAUUAGAGAGAGGUCAAGUCGUGAAAAUUAUCAGACCUUCAGAAACUUCUGGUCGUUACGCUUCCUACAGAAUUUGCUUCUAG